AUGCAGGCUGGACUCUUGUUCUGGGACUUUUGCCACGCAUGCGCUGCAAGCUCACAGCAGAGGAGGCGUGCUCAAACAAUCGGCAAUCAAUGCCUCCCAAAUGCACGAACUGUCCUUCAGUGUUGUAAGCAUUUGUUUUGCUUCAGGUCCAGCAAUGGCUAUGGCCUCCAGGGCCUUAGUAUUCGGGAAGCCUGCGAGGCUGCAGGGCGUGGGGACGGCAGCGGCCACUGCGUGGAUGACAGCGAGAUCUCUGUCCUGGGUCCGGACGACCGGCCCAUACCGCCGAAGAAGAUCCAUUCCUUCGACGAAGUGCGGGAGUUUCCUCGCGAGAUCCAGGAGCAGUUCAGGCGAGCCGGCUUCCCUGGGCCUUCCCAGAUUCAGGCUUACACCUGGCCGCUGGCCCUGGAGGGCAAGGAUGUCAUUGGCAUCGCAGCCACAGGUAGCGGCAAGACGCUAGCAUUCCUUCUGCCGGCGUUUUGCGAAAUGAUUAGAAGAGGACACAACCCUGAUAGAUACGGGCCGGGUCUGCUGGUCAUGUCUCCAACGCGAGAGCUGGCGCAGCAGACAGAGCAGGAGGCCGAGCGCUUUGGCGCCUGCAUCGGCUUCAACGUCGUAGCCAUGUACGGCGGCGCGCCCAAACAGGACCAGAUCAGGAAGUAUCGCUACGGAGUCCACUCCAUUGUGGCUUGUCCGGGGCGGCUGAACGACUUCCUGGAGGGCGGGCAGGUGCGACUUGAUGGUGUUAUGUGCCUCGUCCUGGAUGAGGCCGACCGAAUGUUGGACAUGGGCUUUGAGCCCCAGAUUAGAAAGAUCUUGGCGAGGAUUCCGCGAAACCGCCACACCAUGUUCUUUACUGCGACAUGGCCGCGGGAGGUGAGAAAGCUUGCCGCAGACAUCUUGUACCAUCCAUUCAAGGUCAUGAUCGGCAAUCGUGAUGAGCUGAAGGGCAAUCAGGACAUCAUCCAGCAGGUCAAGGUUGUCGAUGGGUACAGCAAGGAAAGAGCAAUUGUGGACCUCCUCAAUGAAGCGGGUCUUCUGGACCGGUACAGCAGCGGCAAGGCUUUGGUUUUCGCCGGUACGAAGAGGGAGUGCGAGAGGUUAUCGAACAACCUCUACAGAGCUGGAGUUCCGUGUUCCUCAAUUCAUGGCGACAAGGACCAGCGCCAGCGGGAUGAUGCGCUGAACGGCUUGAAGACCGGAAAGCUUAAGGUCCUGGUAGCCACGGACGUGGCAGCGCGAGGGUUGGACAUCAAGGGGGUUGGUUUGGUGGUCAACUACGAUGCUGCAAACAACACAGAGGACUACGUGCACCGUAUUGGCCGCACCGGCCGUGCAGGCUGCAAGGGCUUCGCAGUCACCUUCCUUGAUAGAAGAUCAGAUGGCGGGAAAGCCAAGGGCAUCAUGGAGGUGAUGCAGCGCACCAAUCAGCCUGUUCCUUCAGAGCUGCGAGAUAUGGCCGGCUCUUCGCGAGAAGAUCGCGGUGGGCGAUGGGGCAGGCUUCUCAGUCAGAUCGAAAGUGCCGGAGUAGUGGUGGCGCCAUGGUUGAGGCCCUGGGAAGUCUGGGCAUGGCAUGUAAGCACAACAGGAUGA